UCGCAAUAAUUCGGUGGACCAGUAAAUAAAAAAAGACAGAAAAUUAAUAAUCGAAGAAAAUGUGGAAAUUUUGGAACUCCAACGAGUAUGUGAUGUUCAACGGCUAGUGUUGUCGGGUGUUUAUGAUACUAGUUUGUGUGAUAAUAGUUUUAUUCGUCAAAUUGGAUUACUCUGAGCGAAAGAAGAUUUCAUUAAUAAAAGCAACAACAACAACAGCACACUUAGGCAGCCAGACGAAGACUACUUGUUUAUUUAUUCUGCCCCUUGAUUACAACAACAAGAACACAACCAUACGAGAGCUUACAAGGUGCCGGCGGCAUUUUGAGUUGGGGUCAAGUGUGGGUGUUAGUGACUAAUACGGUGCUACGAUCUGUCUUUGAUUUUAAGUUAUAACACUAAAAUGGAGAUGAAGGAAGUGCUGGGACGCGAAGGAAGAGAUGCUAAAAACUUAGUCGCCUACCAAAUAUGUGACAAGCCAUUGCAUUUAUCCUCAACAUAUGACAAAACGCUACCACAUCGCAAACCUCCCAAGUCACCCAAUGCUUUACUGCCAUUCUCUCUACAAACACCCAAGAAAUCUCACUCCCCCACACGAGCCACAACUAAACAAUCGACUGGGCCCCGAGUGCGCAGUGCAUCUACGGGUAGAGACAAAAAGUCGGAACUGCAGGCACGCUACUGGGCCCUGCUCUUUGGAAAUUUGCAGCGGGCUGUCAAUGAAAUUUACCAAACAGUGGAAUGUUAUGAAAACAUUUCGUCAUGCCAGGAGGCCAUAUUGGUGCUAGAAAAUUAUGUGCGAGAUUUUAAAGCUCUGGGUGAGUGGUUUAAAGUUUCGUGGGAUUACGAGUCGAGACCACUGCAACAAAGACCCAACUCACUGGCUUGGGAAAUUCGAAAAAGUAAUCCGGUACCACGAGUGCGCGCUAAGAGUCUUUCCAGUCCCACAGUGUCGGGUAAAUCAAGUCCCUGUCCUUAUCCGUAUAACUCGGGCAAAAGUUCUCCCUGCUUAGAUGGCCUAUCGCCACGCAAAGGGGUUCGUGUAAAUGUGCGGGAGCUGUUUGCAUCUUCCAAACGUCUUAUCAACGAAAUUCCUAAAGAUUUUGAAGAGCAACGGUCAACUCCUUCUGCAACACAAGCUUCUGCCGGUGCAGAAGAAGAAACACCGCCGUUGGUGUUGGAGAAUCGGAGUCAUCAGUAUGCCCAAACCGAUUUGGAAGAUGACCAUUUAACCCUAGCUGGUAUAAGAGAAAAAAUGCAGAGGGAACAAGAGGAGAUGGAAGCAAAAGAAGAGUUAAGAAUACAGAAACAGAUCGAAGAAGAGCAAACUCUACAAGAAGAAGAAGAAGAAGAAGAAGAAAGAAAGCCACGUCUAAAAGAGUCGGCAGAACGGCGACAUCACGAGGCCAGCCAAGAGAACAUUGAACAAGAACCUACGGCCGUAGAAAUGACCAUAGAAAAACUCAACGCCAUGGAAAAUGAAUUUCUUGCUACAAAUACACAAAAAGAACCCACUCCGCCAGAGACUCUGGUGAAAAAAGUUGGGGAUGGGGCUGAUGAAAAUUCUUCCAAAACUGCUGCUGAACCCGCUGCAAAGAAGGCGGCAGCUCCACAGAAUCCAGCAGUGCAAAAUAGUCCCCUUAAGUAUUCAAGUGUCUUGAACAGACCAGCCGCUCCUUCAGUUACACCUAUCAUGAAUAACCAAACUGCAUCUAAGCCAAUAGCAAACACAAAAUCAUCAACCCUUCGUGCCGCUACCGCUGGAAAGACAGUUCCCUCGAAAACGCAAGCAAAUGUGGCUAUAAAACGAACAUCGACCUCGGCUGGUUCAGUAGCCAACAACAAAUCAACUACAAAGAUAGUCUCCAAAAAUAAUAAUAGAGUCACGUUGGUGCCUCGUACCAAUAGCAGUGGCAAAACAGAAUUCUAUGGACCUCCAUCAAAUGUUGCAACCCGACUUUCGGCUCGCUCGCGUACCAUGAUUGAAAUGAACAACAACGGCAACAGUAGCGCGCCCCAAAAACAUGCAACAAAUUUCCUGAAAAGAAAUACCACCAAUCUUACCAAGUCAUCGCUCCUUGGCUCGCAUUCAUCCCACAGAACAUCCAAAGAUGAUAUAGGCAGCUCAACAUCAACCCUCAAGGCUAGUAAUGAGAAAAUUUCCUCAUCAAAGAAUAGUAUUAACUACCAUCAUUCUCAUGUCACGGGUGGAGAAGAAAGGAGAUCGGAACCAAAACAACUGCCAAGCAAUGACAACAACGAUGGCUGGCUUACAGUAAAAAAUCGACGUCGCCCCAGCAUGCAUUGGUCAUCACGUUUCAAUCAGCCAACUGGGUAUGCCAGUCUUCCCACCUUGGCCCUACUGGAUGAGAAACCUGGAGACGACGAUACGCUGGACCCCCACCACAAAAACGCCCAACAGGAAACAGCAAAAGUUGUUCAACCAAUAGUCAAUGGAGGCAAAUCGGCGAAAUCUGGAAAAAACAAAACGGCAGAGAAAAAUGCCAAAUCCACACAACAUUCCAUUAGGCCAGAAAUUAAAAAUGCCAAAGCCAAAGUGAACUCUCUGCCAUCGCAGAAAAAGAAUGCCACACAAGUGGCCAAGGAAUCGGCGUUGCCACUCGUUAGAAAUGUUAACUUGGCCAACAUACCCACCAGACAGACCAUCAUCAAGAGACAGAAAUCGGAUUUGACCGGUCUCAAAAUGACCUCGCUGCACAAGGAGUAUAUGCGUAGUGAGAAACUGGCCCUUAGGAAACAAACCAAUGUGGUCAACGGAACAACCAAGUCCUCGGAAAUUUUAAAUUACCACCAUCUAGGUUCGGGAGAUUGUUCGGAUAUCAACUCGUCUGCUGAAACUAUAGUUGAGGCACAAAACUCUUCCCCAACCGAUAUGCUAUCCUCUGAGAUGUCCUCGAGUGGCGGCGGUGGCAGCGAUCACAAUAAAAUCGAUAUUAAAAUUCAAACCAACCGAGAUUUCUCCAAGACCAUUGGCGAUCUUUACAAGAGCAUAUCCAAUCGAGUUGACAUAUCCCUGACAAACCCGCAGGUCAGCAAUGGGCCUGGUGCACUUUCGAGUUGUGACGAGAAUGAUGAAUGUGACGAACAUCAGCGUUUGCUUGUUGAAGAGCAAGAAUCGCUCGAGCGCCAAAUCAGAGAACUUGAGAGUACGGAGAUUGACGUUGAUACUGAGACCGAUGAAACAGAUUGUGAGGUGGGAAUACUGGGAAAUGAUCGUGAUGAUGAGGAGGAUCGCGAUGACUUCAACCUGGACACUUCUGUGGUCUUUGUUCCCAUCAAUGAACACGACGAUGAUCCCAAUCAAAGUUUAGAGACUCGGUAUCAGGCUUUGUUAUCCGAAAUGUCCUGGGGUGAGAGAGAGGAAGCCCUGGCCACAUUGCAGGCCUAUGUUUCGAGGCAUCCAGGGCGUGCACAAGAGCUCCAUCAAAAGCUUUCCUCACCAUCACGGCGGCGUUCCCUUCAAGAGACUCUCAAAAAGUAUCAGGCGAAACAGGCAAGAGCUCAACAAAAACGCGAACUCCUUAACAAAGAGAAGGCCAUUAAAAUUCAACAGCUUCUUGCACGUGUUGAAGAUGUAAAGGCUGCAAAGAGGCAGCUAAUUGAAGACAAGCGCGUCAAAAUGGAAGGGCGCCUACAAAGGGCAGCUGAGAAUCGUGAACAAUAUCUGCGCAAUAUCAUAGAAAAGGCCCACGAUGAGGAGAAAAAACUAAAGGAGAUUAACUUCAUAAAGAAUAUUGAAGCACAAAAUAAACGUUUGGACCUAAUCGAGUCUUCCAAAGAGACGGAAGGGCGCCUGCAAGACUUGGAACAAGAGCGUCAAAAACGUCUAGAGGAGAAGGCAGCUAAAGAGGCAGCAGUUGAAAGGCGUCGUCAGGAAUUGGAGAAGGCGCGCCAGCGCAAGCUGGAGAAAAUGAACGAAUCACGUUUGGAACGGGAGCAGCGCAUAGGAAAAAUGCAAGAGCAAAAGGAAAAACGGCGCCAAGCGCUGGCACGCGAAAAGGCGCGAGACCGCGAAGAACGCCUGUUGGCCUUACAAGUUCAUCAGCAACAGACUACAGAGGAAUUGCAGAGAAAAAUUUUGCAGAAACAAAAAGAAUCCGCGCGCCGACACGAAGAGAAUAUCGAACAUAUACGCCAGCGAGCUCUGGAGUUGACCAUACCCUCAAGAAACGUGGAGGAGAAUGGUGUACUGAGAUCGGAACUCGAUGAGAAUGUCGAAGAUGGCGAUCUGUCAUCGACGGUAUCCGAUGUUGGCAGCAGGGAGCAUACACGUGGUUACAAGAAGAAAAUGAAGAAACUCAAGCAAAGAAUGUCGCAAGCAGCUGAGGAAUAUCUCAAGGAACUACAACCAGUGCCCCUACACAUGAAGCGUGAAUCACAGGUUCCAAAAUAUCUCAAUUUGGUUAACAAAGGGGGUGGUUCACAAGGUCUAGAGCGCGCUCUGGGCCAUUUGCUACGCAUAAUGGCUAAAGCCCAAGUAUUCGACUUUCAGUGCUUCUUGCUAAUGGACGGUCUGGGUACUAUAACAACGGCUGUAAUCAGUCCCGGCAUGCAAGAGGAUGCGGAAGUGUCCAAAAAAGCUGUUGUUAUUGCCGUGCAGUUGUAUCGCAACGCCUGUACUCUGUGUCCGCAAAUUGCACGACACGCUUUAUUGGGAAACUCUAUAGUUGGGCUAUUCGAUGCUCUGUUCCAAAGCUUACAGCUUCCCGAGGAGAAAUCACCACACCACCCUGUAGAGUUAUCCACCGAGUUAAUGCUGGCAUGCACGGUGGCACUGUCGCCAUCCUAUACAAAAAAGCACACCCACCCCAACGUCUUGGAACGCCUACCGGAUUUAAUAAGCUAUGCCGUCAUUACCGGUCUCGUUGAGAUUCUAUCGCGUCGAUGCAUGAAAAUAAGGGAAUCUAUCGAAAAUCAUCAGAGUGUGGUGUUGUCCUUGCUGGCUACGCUUGGUUUCAUUACCCGUUUUAUAGAUGUCUGUCCAGCUGGACCUACAGAUCCGACACGUUUCCUUAGUGCGGCAAAAUCAACUGAACUUUUUGGUUCCAUAUCCAUGCUGUAUGCCAGUGUGGUGCCUAUUGGUGAAUGCAUUCCACCGAGAACGAUUUCGUUAGCGGCAGCAACCUUUAAUUUACUCGUAUCCAUGGCUGUGUUGGAUUUAGCAACGUUCCAGGAGGUAAUGUCCAGCGAGGCGAUCUCAUUGAAGUUCCUUGAUGUGAUUACAAUUCUACUGAAGUAUUGUGGCAAUAAAUGUACUGCAGCUAAAAACAGUGAAACUCAGGCAGUUAUCAUCGAUUUAAUAGCAACCAUUGGUUUCUUUUGCGCGAACAAUAAACAAAAUCAGGACCUCUUAACCUCUGAACAGUGUUCCAUUAUCAUUAAGAAUUUAACCAAACUACCUGAACAUUUGAAUGUGGUGGUCUAUCCAUGCCUAGUAACUAUAACGUUCCAAAAUCAGGAAGCUCGUAAUGUGAUAUCACGUGAUUUUAAUCUAGAGUUUUUGGAUGAAUACAGCAAAUCGGAAAAGGCAAAAAAGAAUCACUUGGUAGCCUUACUCAAAGACAAAACGUAAGUCUAGAAACCCCUCCCAACCAGAAUUGUUCCACGUCGAGUCUAUGCAGCGCCAAUGGUUACUGUGAUCCGUAGCAGAAAAUAACUGCGAGGUGCUUUCACUACUGCGUACUCAACUUGACUGCCUUUUGUACAAUGAAAAAAAUCUAUGAACGAAUUAUGCACUCGAAUCAUUUUAAUUCACUCUCUUCAAUCCAAAUCCGCUGCGUCCUUUCCCCAAAGCUACUUGUUAUAAACUAUGUGGGGACUGAAUGGACGCUCCACUAAUUAUUAGACUUAUCAAAAAUAUAUAACACGAAAUUCAAAGAAAUUUUUCUAUGAAUUUUUAGCAUUAAAAUCAUUUAAUGUAUCUUUAGGAAACCCCGCCCACAUAAUUAGGAUUGUUUUUUUUUACAAAACAAAUUGAAUACCAGUGAAA